UAAGGAUAUCCGCAGUUGCUAACAGUGUGUUCAUAGCCGUUAUCCUGGACAUCGACCGUGUUCCUAAAUUCGGAAAGUUGUCUUGGGAUGAUCGAUUCUUCCUCGAAAUCCACGUGGCGGACGACGGAGUGUCUCAGAAAAUCAUGUCUCAAGGACAACAGGAGAAAAAGUCCUUAACGUGGGAUACAACAUUCACUUUGAAUAUUUCUCGAACGUCCCGACUCGUGUUUCGUGUGCUUGGCUACGAUGGAAAAGAUAGUGAACCAAUUCCUAUCGGUAUCGCUGUCUUCGACGUCGACGAGAUUCUGCUUCAAAGCGGCUUGAUUAAACGUCCGCUUCUAUCAUCUGCUGCAUUUGUGCGCAUAGAUGGAAUCCCCACUUUGUCUUUCAGAGCAACACAUGCUGGUGCUGUGUCGUUUACAAGGUCCCUAGGCUCUUUCACGCAGGAGCUUUCUGGUGCAGUUAACCGUACCGCGAGCUUGACUGUCCGACCAAAUCAACCAAGAGACUAUGAACGUGAUAAAAAAAUCAUUGAAAAUGCAAUUUCUCGGGCUAGCGAAUGCACUGGUGGUGACGCGCACCUUUCCCCCCUUCUGGUAAAGAUCAGCGUCUUUAUUUCGGUGGCUGAAAGACUGGCUAAGCUCCACCCCUACGCGAGGAUCGCAUAUGCAAUACUGGCAACAGGAUACGAGGUCAUAAAGCGGGGGAUCGCCUGCGACGCCGGCUUGAUUCGGCUGAUGCAUACGAUGCAAAACACUUACGAUAUUGUUAUGACCGUCAAGGCGCUCCCGUAUCUGCACGAACGAAAACAUGUCAUCGAAGCAAUUGUGCAGCAAACAAUCGAAUGUGCGUUCUUCAUCCGCGACUAUGUCGACACACGAGACAACUUUGCGCAAGCGAUUAAGAACUCGGUACUGAAUGUGGAGGCUCAGAUUAAAGCAUUCGAAGAAGCAUUCAUAAACUUGCAAAGCAGUUUUCAGACCCAUAUGGCUGUCUGCACGCAGCUCACCGUGCUCAAAAUCUUAGAAGAUGUUCAAGAUAUUGGCGCAAAGGCGGAUUUUCGCGAUAUGGCUUAUGCUGUGGAUGCCAAAUGUGCAGCAUCAUGUGCUAUUGACCAACCGAUCGACUGUGCGGCGCCUCCGGCCGAUGUCAUAACAUCCAUACAAAGCUGGAUUAUUGGAGAAAGCAAGGAAUCAGAGAGGAUCUGUGUCUUGUACGGACCUGAAGAGUCGUGCAGCGCCAUCGCGCGGCGUGUUGGCGAGCAAUUUCGGUUCGCAUCACGGCUUGGUUCUUCAUAUUGCUUCCGAGGUUCCAGGAAAAACGACCAUCGGAGUUAUACGAACCUGUUCUCAACAAUCGCUCUUGAGCUGGCAGACCGUAAUGCUCAGUUCAAGGAAAAUCUUUGGAGGGUCGUGGGGGGUGACAUGAGUCUGCGAAAGACACAGGUGGUAAGGGCGCAGUUUGAGGAAUUCAUUCUCGCUCCCGCUAGAAAUAUCAUUUGGAAUGGACCGCUCCUGGUAAUCAUUGACGGCCUGGAGUUGGGAGGGAACGAAGCAGCAAGGAAGGAAGUAUUGGGUGUCCUUGCUGAUAAAGGCGCCGAUCUUCCCAGAAACCUCCGAUUCUUGAUCACUUGCCGGCUGGAGGAUGACAUAUGCAAAGCUUUCCGCGGUGAACCGCAUAUUCUGCGCCGGCAACUGGGAGAAGCCAAUUUCACUGUGAUGUCACGCGUAGAUCAUCAUGAAAUUCCUGCGAACGCAUAAUGCCUCAUCUUCCUCGCCCCCCGUUGUGCUACAGGAUGACGAGCAUAGCGCGCAAGUGCACAAACAUCAUAAUCGAACAUUGAGAUACUAUCUUUACGAUC